CGCCCUCUUGGUCUCUUUGUUGGUAUAUGGUGUGUUCGGUGCUUUUGACCAUCGCUUUAUAGUUAGUUUAGCUUUUAAUGGGUAAAAAAGUGCGGACGGCACCAGGCCGCAGGCCGAUACUGCAGCUUUCCCCACCGGCUCCCCGUGGCAUCACCACGGUCGGUAGCAACUCGCGAGAAGAGGACCCAGGAUCUACAUCCGAAGAUGAACAGGAUGGCACUGGUGAUGGACCCAUAUUUAUGCAAAGCACCUCCAAGGAGAUCAGCGUGGAAGCAAAGCCUCCUGCAGUCAAAGCUACAGAGGGUUUGUCCUUGCUGGGGGCCUAUGAAGACAGUGAUGAAGAGGAGAGCCCUGAUUCGCAGCCCCAGCCAGCAAAAGCCAACCACAACCAGCCUGGCGACAUUGACAGCACACUGGCCAAUUUCCUAGCUGAAAUCGAUGCGAUCACGACCCAGCCUGCCCAGACUCCAGAGGCAUCAACGGCUCAUUCUACAGCUCCUCCUCCAACCCCUCCUCGCCCAGAGCCCAAAGACCAGCCCCUUACCCCAAGCCACACUGCAGCCCCUAAUGGAGUGGAGGCUGCAACCACAGGGGCGGAGUUUCAAUAUGAUACACAGUACUCUCUAUCCGGAGUUGGUGUGGAGAUGGGAUACUGGCAGGAGGUCUGGGAUGAGAACUCGGGUUGUUUUUAUUACUGGAAUACCGAGACCAACGAAGUGACUUGGCAGCUACCCCUGGACCUGGCUCAUCAGGUGCAGGGCCUGCAGCAUUACACAGACAGUUCUACCACAGCGGUCAAUGGCAGUAGCGCACAGAGUGCUGUGUUUUACCCAGAACGGAACCCCAUGAUCUCCAUGACUGUGCAGAUCGCUAAGAAAGAGAGUAAGAAGGAAGUCAUGGAGAGUGUCGUAGCGUUGACCAGUGAAGAGGAGGAGAGGAGGGGUGUUGCUGCCUCUCUGCUGGCCCCCCUCAUCCCGGAGGAAGUGAAGGAGGCCGAGGAGAGGUGGCGGAAGAAAGUUGUGUGCCUGGAGGAGGAGGGGCCUGGCUCUGAGGGGGAGGGGCCAGCUGUGGCGCCCCCCGCCCCCAUUGACAUAGAGACUCGUUCCCAUGGCGACUCCCACAGUAAUGCCCACUCUGGAGAGAGCUCAGAGGGGGGGGAGAAUGAGGAAGAGGAGACGGAGGAAGAUACCCGAGACUUAGAACUGGCACUGGAGAGAAAAAAGGCUGAGCUGCGUGCCUUAGAGGAAGGGGACGGCAGCUUGACCGGGUCCAGCCCUCGGUCUGACGUCAGCCACGAGGGCAGCCGCGUGGAGCUUCUGAAAAAGGGGAAGUGGAAGACCUCUUUUGUUCGAUCUGCCAGCCCAGAUUCCAACAGUCGUUCAGAAAAGACCGGCAGGGAUUCCCCAGACCCCCCAGAAACAGCCACUUCAAAGGGGAAAGAAACGCCAGCGGAGGAAGAUGAAACAGACACAGAGACUCUCUCAGAGAAGACCAAACCCAAAGUGGCCCAAAAAGAAGAGGAUGAUAAUGUCGACCUUAAGUUUCAGAUCGGGGAGCUCGCUAACACUCUGACCAGUAAAAUGGAGUUUUUGGGAAUUAACAAAAAGUCCAUAUCUAACUUUCAGGUGCUGCUUUUACAAACGGAGACCCGGAUUGCAGACUGGCGGGAAGGAUCUCUCAGCGGAAACUAUCUGAAGCGAAAGCUUCAAGAAGCAGCCGAACAGAUUAAACAUUAUGAAAUUAACGCCACACCUAAAGGCUGGUCCUGCCACUGGGACAGGGAUCACAGGCGCUAUUUCUAUGUUAACGAUCACACCAGUGCUUCUCAGUGGGAGUUCCCCGAUGUGGAGGAGGAAGGGGAUUCGGACGGGAAGGACAUGAAAAUGGAGCAGGGCUCUAAAGACCAGGGUGAACCCAAGCCACCGGCUGACCUGCUCAGGAUGGGGACAGGACCCACCAAUUACAUGAGCCUUGCCCCUGUGCCUCCCGGAUUGCCGGUGCCAUCCUACUGGUCCCUGCCCCAGCCCCAGACCCAGCCUCAACCCCCACUCCCUCCUGCCUGUGACCCCCCUCUGCCUCCAGACUUCCCACCUCCGCCCGGGGGCCCUCCCCCACCCCCGCCUGAAAGCGAGGAGGCAGAGAUAGAGGAGGUGGAGAUGGAGGAAGAUGACGGUGAGCCACCAGCCCCGGGCACCGAGGAUGACUCUGUCCGCAAACCCCUGCUGCCUCCUGCUGCAUCCAGCUACAAGAACAUAGAAUCUGCCACUUCCCCAGGUACACCUACUAAGACUGUAAAGAGGAAAGCAACGGCCUCCAGUUCAGGGCAGCUACAGAAAUCGGCCACUAUUGGCAGCAACGCAGUGUUGUACAGCCAAGCCGCUGUGGCAGCAGCCCCAAUGGUUGUUCCUCCAGUUUUCUGGGGAGUCCCGGCUAUGGCUGCUACUGUCCCUCCCACAGAGACUGUGAUGGCAGUGGGACCGACUCCACUGCUUCAGCAAGCUCCGAGCCGAGCCCCAGCCUCCAGCAGUACCGACCAGCUGGCAGCGAAAACACAGCCAGCGGAGAAAUCCAAGAGACUGAAAAAGGACAAGGCAAAGAAGAGCAAGACUAAGAUGCCGUCCCUGGUUCAGAAAUGGCAGAGUAUUCAGCGGGAGCUGGACGACGAGGAGAACUCGAGCUCCAGCGAUGAGGAUCACACCGUGCUCAACCACAAGCGCAUAGAGGAGUGGAAGCAGCAGCAGCUUGUCACUGGUAAAGCAGGAAAAAGUGCAAACUUUGAAGCCCUUCCUGAGGACUGGAGGGAACGACUGAAGAGGAGAAAACUGACUCAGAGCACAUAGUGUUACUGCAUCACUUUCAAUAC